CCCAUCCCUGGUGAAGAAGGUGGGGAAUGCAGGCGUUCCAGAUGUGCGCGUAACCUACGCCCACGCGCAAGGACGUGUGCAUGCAACGUCAUUGAAGGGAAAGCGGAGCAGACGAGCGAAACAUGGCGACAUCAAACAAUCCGCGGAAAUUUAGCGAGAAAAUCGCUUUACAUAAUCAGAAGCAGGCAGAGGAGACCGCAGCAUUCGAGGAAGUGAUGAAAGAUUUGAGUAUUACCCGAGCAGCGAGGUUACAGUUACAGAAGACCCAGUAUUUACAGCUGGGACAAAACCGUGGGCAGUACUAUGGCGGAUCAUUGCCAAAUGUCAAUCAGAUUGGAAAUGGUACCAUUGACAUGCCUUUUCAGACUCCCUUUCAAGGUUCAGGUGACACUAGCAGGACAACACGGCAUCAUGGAUUGGUUGACAGAGUUUACCGGGACAGAAACCGCAUCACGUCCCCACAUGGAAGGCCCCUCGACAAACAUGGACGCCAAAUUGAUAGCUGUCCAUAUGGUUCAGUGUAUCUGUCACCCCCACCUGACACCAGUUGGAGGAGGACUAACUCGGACUCUGCGUUGCAUCAGAGCACUUUGAACCCACAGGACAUUUUCGCGGGAGGCUCACAGGACAUGCAGCCGAAACGAGUGCUAAUGCUUCAUGUACCAAGGCCAGAAGACACAGAAUCAGAUAUGGACAAAGACGAACAGAAAAAGAACUGGGAUGGUAAAAAGAAUGCUUCAAGGUCCAAGGUCCCAGGAAUCAAUAUAUUCCCAUCUCCGGAUCAGGAUCUGACUGCGACACUGAUGCCAUCAGCCCACGACACGGGCGGUGGCUCCCUGCCUGAUCUGACCAACAUCCAGUUCCCCCCUCCGCUGCCCACCCUGGACCCCGAAGACUCCACCCUCAGCGCCCCCAACAGCACGGGAAACCUGGCCCCCAGCCACUCACACAGUUUCAGUUCCACCAGCCAAGGACAGACCACCUCCCAGCAAGGCAGGCAGGACAACAUGGUCAACCAGGACUCCCACCAGCACCACUCCCUACAGCUCUCACCCACCCUGUCGCCACCGCUCACCCUCGCCCAGGCGGAGACCAUAGAUGCCAUGACUCUGGAAGCGCAGUUGUCCCAGUAUGUGUUCUUCAGCCAGUCCUCCUCUCAGCAGCAGCAACAGACCACUCAAGGACUGACCAGGCUGGUUCAGCUCCCCUCCCCUCUGAACACCUCCUCCAUCCAGACACAGAACUCCAUGGAUAUGAACUCGGGCUCUUUCCCCCAACAGUACCGCAGUAAGGCUGGGUCUUCAGCCAAUCAGUCUCCAACCUCUCCAGUCUCCAAUCAAGGCUUCUCACCUGGAGGCUCGCCUCAACACAACUCCAUAUUGGGCAGUGUAUUUGCAGACUUCUAUGACCAGCAACUCGCAUCCAGACAGACCAGUGCUCUCUCCCAACAGCUGGAGCAGUUCAACAUGAUCGACAGCAAUAGUCUGUACGGCCAGGGCUCAACCCUCAGCUACUCCCAAGCAGCGAUGAUGGGUUUGACGGGAAGCCACGGCAACCUGCAAGACUCCCAGCAGCUGGGUUACAGUAGCCAUGGCAACAUCCCCAACAUCAUUCUCACAGCCACAGGAGAGUCUCCACCCAGAUUGUCCAAGGGGUUGUCUUCUAGCUCUCUGUCAGCUGACAUCAGCUUCGAUGCGGACUCUCAGUUUCCGCUAGACGAGCUGAAGAUCGACCCGCUGACCCUGGACGGGCUGCACAUGCUCAAUGACCCUGACAUGGUCCUCACUGACCCUGCCACUGAAGACGCCUUUCGGAUUGACCGGCUGUAGAGCUGCUGCCAAAGUCACCGACUGCGUCGGUGAAACCCGGCCUGAGGUGUUGAGGGCUUGUGUCUGAGGGGAGAGGGCUACUUUUGGGGUGUGGGAGCCCAAGGCGAGGCCCCAGCUGUGAAGUGUGUUCAUCCCACCUCCCUUCACCAGCAGCCCCAUUCUAAGAGCUAUGGGAUAGUGUGGUAGUAGGGAAAUUAGUUUGUCAAGAAAUGGUCGACACAGUUUGCUUUCUCUCUUCAGAAUGGGAAAGAUUGAUGGCAACAUUGUCAUGUCUGGUGGAUUUUGAGCUAAUGGUCCUGCUGUGACUAGUUUGUGCUUACCAUUCUUCAUCCCUUAAAUUUUUCUUCUUUUUUUUUACACAUUCAUCCUGCUGGUCUUUCUGUUGGAUGCUUUGGUUUUUGUAAAGAAGGAAAACAGUAGGGGCUACAACACUACAUUGGUCUCGCCUCCCAUUUGAAGACAUUAACUGAUUCAAAUCAUGUCUGCAGGGGAAACUGUUUAUCUUUCUCUCACCUGCCAUACUAGAUUAGCAUGUCUUAGCUCAUAUAAUCACUCAUCUGCUUUUCAGAACCGCCCUCUCAUGGUAAAUCUUGUCAGUCACAUUUCCGUCAAUGCCCUUAACCUCGCUAUCUAACUCACACUAGUUGAAUUUAUUGGUGCUCUGAUUUUUGCCCUGAAGUUGACCAGUAUUUUACUUUAGGUUCCCUUCCGAACUUGUCAUUUUAAUUUCAAUCCAUCAAUUUUGUACAACAUGUUUUAGUGCUGGUCAACAUCUAAGCGGUUUACUUAGUUGAACAACUAGGAGUUAUAACCCUCCCAUUUAACUUAUGAUUUUCCAGGGCAGCUGAAGUAAAACCUAAAUUCCAGUUGAACAAACCUUGAAAAAUCGCUCAGAAUCCUGUUUGUAGAUAUAUAAAAAAAAGGAUGUUAGCCUAGCGUCACUUUGGCAAUUUAUCCAUGAAAUGACAUUUCAGCUGUAAUAUGCCACCAAUGGUAGCUGAUUUUCAGAUGCAAUGCAAGAUAAAAAAUGAUAUCUGAACAAAUCACUGUGAGUGAUAAGAUUCUGCCUUAUAAGAGUACAUGAUAUGCAUUUGGGCUACUUUGCAUUUGGGCUACUACCUGCUUUGUUCUCCUUCAUAGGAAAACAAGCAAUAAGGAGGGUGCAGCAGAGGGGCUGCUCAGAUUAGGGAUGUGACAAAUUGGAGGGGAAGAAAUCAUACAGUUUAAAUGCCCAUUUUUUUGUGAUUGUCUGUUAAAAAACAAUAAGAAAAAUGCAUACAUUCCAUGUGUAUUCACAAUGCAGCUGCGCAAUGGUUUGAGUCUCAAGGUGCGUCCCUUUCAGAUGGUUAAGCAUUGCACCUCUACUAACAUUGCUGUACCUCAAUUCCGCCUCCCAAAGUUUGCAUUUCCUUCUCAUUUAUCUUCUCAAGGUAUUGCCAUACAGGACUUGGUUGCUGUCGCUUGUCUUUCUCUGACAUUUUUCCAACUGUUGAUGGCGACGAUGAUGUAGUGGUGGAGAGUCGACUCUAGAAUGGUUGAUUCUCUGACUCCUUGAGUGUCAACUCCCAUUUCUGAGUGUCGAGAUUCGAUUCAGUAAUUUCUGGAACGGAGGAGACUGAUUAGUUGCUGUAAUUCCGAGAACACAAACACUUGCAUCUUUCAUAGAGGGCUAGCGAGCGAUGGAGAGAGAGGGGAAGAGUUAUAGUAGGCAGGUACAAAUCCCUUGGGCUGGUCACUAAAGUUCUCCAUCCACUUAGUUAACUGUCCUUCAACGUCAUUUCCAUCCUAUCCUACUAUAAAGGGAUUUGACUGCAUUGACGACUCGCAACUGCUAGGGCACUUUCGCCAUUUUCAUCUGGCAGACUGGUUCCCAGACUGUUAGAGACAGCAGGCACGCUUCACCAUUGCUGCUAGCUAAAGCCAUAGCACCGUUGGGCAUCAUGCACAUCCCACACCACUGACCCUUGGCUGGCCUCCAUGUCCUGCUGUUCGUUACAUUGGUGCUAGAUAUGGGAUGGUGACCAAGGCACCAUAGGAACACAACAUGCGUGUGUUUUCUUAGCUUAUGCCUCGGUGGCAGAUCGCCCUGCUCUGUUCCUCUGUAUUGCACUCUUAAAACCGAGACUGAUUCAGACGUCUAGCCUCCACACUGUUGGUAGGCCUGGCUGUCACCAGAUGGUAUACAUGGGUGCUGGAGCAAUAAGACGAGGGAAGCCUCCCUCUAGCAGUGCGCGCUAAAGAGGGAUUGUGAUACACGCACCAACAUCACAAGGCCUAUGGCCCUGUUUUGGGCCCUGCCGUUCUCACUUGGGUUCCAGUACAGCAGCCACAGGCAGGCGGACUUCGCCUACGACCAGUGACCAAGCAGAUAGUCCCACCCUGGAACAUCUAGGGUGCUUGAGAGUAAUUUUCACAGCCGCUGGAAUGCGUGGAAAUUAGUUUCUCUCAUUUAAUACCGCUUUACUUGGCCAUUUGUAUCCACAAAGCGGGUGAGUGAGCUGCACGCACUGUCAGUUUCACCACUAGUGCUUGUUCCUUGCCCUGGGGUUAUCCACGGUUAUUUCAACAUAAAUCAUUUUUUUUGUGCUUAAAGAUUAGUAGGGCUUUAUCACCUCUCUUUAGAGCCGUUGGCUUUUCACCCACCACUUAUUUCUCCAUGGAGGAAUAUUGUUUCCACUGCUUGUGCUCCACAUAUUUUGUGCUCCUACGUGGACAGGAUGAGAGCCCUGAAAGGACUUCCCUAAUGUAGGGAGACCCAUUUCUCGACCAGGCAUUUAUCCAAGUGGAGGCUAUUAUAAGGCAUAUAAUAGCAAGGGGUGACUACCUCUUGGAGGGCAUCAGAGUUCAUUCCACCAGAGGUGUGGCUGCGUCACGGGCAUGGUUUAAGAAGGUAUCUCUGUUCAGAGAUAUUUCUGGGAUAUUAUUCCUCCAUAAAUUUUACCAAUCUCACCGGCACGUGUGCUUCGAGUCAGCACAUCUGAGAGUUGAUUCUGUCUAGACUACCUGGAGAGUGUACGAGCCCUACAGGAGUUGGCUAAAUCCCAUACUGAGUGAUCAAACGAUUAUUUGAAAUAGAAUGUGACGUUACUUAACCCUGGUUUUAUGAUAAUGACUGAGGUCACUUAGCUCGUUACCCUUCACACAAUCUGCGUAUGGAAGAACGUAUACUUGUACAAGUAACGCGGGAGGGGGCGUCAGCGCCUUAUAAAGGAGCAGAGUCUAUUGGCUGUCUCUCCUGUCUGUCUACGACAGAUGUUGUGUGAUAGGAGUUCCUUAUUGACUACGACCAAUGGAGACAUACCCAUACAUACGGAGUGACCUCACUCAUCUUAUCUUAGAACCGUGAUUACGCUAAGUAACCUUACAUUUCGCUCCCUGGUAAUGAAUGUUUUGUUUAAAUUAGUUGUCUUUUUUUAAAUUGGAUUUUGCUUAUGGUAUCUAUGCAGAACAAAUUAAUUGAUUGAAGACAGUUAUUAGCAAUCUAAUAGGCAUAAGCAAGUACCUAAACUAAGUACCUACCAUGCUUAUUUGUACGGUACCAUUUUUAUAGCUUUUUCAGCAAAGAAAAUAAGCAUUUUGACAUGUUUCAUUCGCUACUUUUUGUUGAACAUUUUAGUUUGGGUCUUCCACUUCACAGAUGAGAAUGCAAAUUAUAUAUUCUGCACGUUGGCUUUGGCAGAAACGGUAAAAAAAACAUGACAAAAGAGAAACUUGAGGAUUACGCUGCAUAUAUAAGUACAUUAACCCCUAUAUGUGACUCCCAUGGAUGUGUCUGAGGUUGAUUAUUUUUACUGCUUAAAGUUGAUGAUUUCAUGAUUCAACUGCCUCUAUUAGAACAGCAUUUCUGCCACCAGAAUGUAUUUCAUCACAUCGCCAUAGAGUACUAUCAUAAUCUCAACAUCUUCAUAUGAACCUCAGCAUCAACCACAUUGUUUUUGAUGACACCCUUACAUCAUACUCUAGGUGUUUCACUUCAAAACCCAAGGGACGUGGCAUGCGAUUUGGAGUUUGGUUCAGUACUGUUAAUGUCUCUCUCAUAUUGAAUAUUUGUGUGUGUGUGUACUUGUCAAUCGUUUCCCACUCAUUGUCAUUGGAAAAGUCCAUCAGUUUUCCCACCAGCUUUUCUGGAUGUAUAGUGUCAGAAUUUCAGUGAUGUUGUAGAUGUCGGCUAUACAGUUUACCUGUUAGUAGUCAAUGUCAAGUGAGCUUUUCUUGUGAGUAAUUCCCUUGGAUGACAUUAUUGACAUUAUCUAGAUGUUGUUGGUUUUUUUUCACUUUACUUACAACUUUAGAACAUUGAACCCUGGUAUUUGUUUCACCCCCCUCUGAGCGACUGUUAUGUGCACUGGACUUGUUUUCCCCUGUAUUCGGUCAAACUUGCCUUUUGUUAAAAAAAAAAAAAGUAGUUUUGAAAAGCAUAUGUGUAUUGUCUAUAUAAAAGAGGUGAUUUUUAUAAACUUUGUAUUUUUGGAUAGAAAUUAGAUUUCUCACUGCACAACAGAUACUGCUGGACAUGUUUUCAAGCUACAUAGCUUUGAGUAUAAUUCAUGCAGGGAGAAGUAAGCAUGAAAUAGGGAAGCCAUUGGAUGUACCACCAUUGAUGCAUCAAGAGGUGCUGUGGUAAAUCACACUUUAAUAUUACAAUUUGUCAUGGACAGGAGUAAGAACAGUCAUCUUGUUGUGCAAAGAGUAUAUAAACAACCCCCAUUAUUAUCAUAGAAUAUACACUAUUUAACUGUGUAAUUUGCUAGCCACAGAACCAGGUGUGUAAAUUCACCUGAAAGAAAUACCACUAGUGGUGCGAUUAUGUCAAAAUGGGGUCAGCCGUGGAGAAAUGAGGGAAUCCUUUCAAAGCCUGGUUUUGGUUUUAUUUUCUUUUUGCAGGACAUAACAUAUCAUUGUGCACAAUUUUUGGUGACCCAUUUUGGCUUGUGAGCAUUACUUUCUAAACUACUGGCUGAAAUUAUACUAAACUUUUAUAACGCAUCAUUAAUGUUCAGCUCAUACAGUAUCAGAAAGCAUAAUGCAUUGUGAGUGCACACAAAUUAUGGUGCCUUUGUGCUAUGUUUGUUAUUUGAAAGGUUGAACUAAAUGCUUGUCUCAUAUGUUAGUGAAUCCUCUUGUUCCAUCAUAUUUCACUAUGUUUACAGUUAAUACAUGCAGCAUCACUAUUUACCAUAGAUAGAUAGAUACAAGGGAGUUCCUUAAAGGAUCUGUUGGUUCAGUGUCAGCUGGUCAAGCAUGCAAAACAUUAUCGGUUAUAGAUCUGAAAAUGAGAACUGUUUUGCACACAUUUGCAUAACAUAAAUUGCCAACAGUAACUCUUAAACCAUUAAAGCUAGAGGUACUAAAUCAACUUUCACAUGUUCACGUGAUUUAUGGUUUAAGAGUUAAUCUUGGUGAUUUAUUUUAUGCAAAUGUUUAUAAAUUCCAAUUCUUUAGAACGUAGUUCAACUAUAACUAUAUACAAUUGCAUCAAAUAAAAUGGCAUGCACACCACAUUUUCUUCAGAAAAUGUACUUUUCUAGUUUAGCUUGGUUUUAUUGUUUUUUUUUAAUGCAAAAUAUUAAUUGUAGACUAAGGAAGAAAAGUGGAAUAGACCUUUGUUUAAAUGUGGUUUAAGGUUAUGUUUUCCUUGUUUGGUAAAUUGUCUUUGUUUUUGAUUCGAACAGUGGCAAGGCCUCACACACAAACUGGAUGUACAAUCCAAAAGCAACAGAUUUUUGUUAUCAGCCUUUUAUGCACAUGUAGAUGCAAUUUGUUGGUACGUGCUUAUAUAUUUGAUCUUAUAUGUGCUUAUGAGCUAGAGAUGAUGCCCACUGAAGUGUAUUAUUUUUGUCGAGUGCGUAGACUGGCUGUUUAUAUUGCUUUUCGGUAUAAAUGUUUUUGUGAUAUGUCAAAAGUGAAAAUUGUUGUUAUAUGCACUGAGAGUCAUGCGCUGCACUAUGUCAUUGUGGCUCUGUUCUUCUGUUCUGUCUUUCUGACUAAGAAGUAUCGGUUAAUCUAAAGUUUUUCAGACUGAUCCAAACUCCAAAUUGCUCCCUGUGUUUUUACAAUCAGUUGUCUUUUCUUUAAAACAAUGUUCUGUGUUUAUGUAGUAAAUCUGACUGAUUUGAUACGUCUAUUAUUACUUGCACUAAUAUUCAGCUAUUAUAAUGGUUCACACUCAAACGUUUACAGAAGCAACCGUUUACAAAGAAUGGAGCAGGUUUUGAUGUUUUUUUUGUGUGUAGGUUCAUGUAAUUGAUAGAAAUAAGGAGGAAUUUGGGGGAACAUAAACUGGAUCCUUGCCACCCACAAAAAAUACUGUAAACCCAUGAGCUUCCCUUUUGACACCAGACAGGUAUUACAUAGCCAAACAUGGCCAUCUCAAAGUUUUAACUGCCUGGCAAUUGACAGCUUCCCUUAAGUCAUGGCUGUGACAAUGGAGCUGUCCAAUUCUGAAACUGACAGAGAUCCAGGCUAAAUAGUUGCAAAGGAUAGGGAAAAUAAAAACUGUAUUUACCCGUUUUUACAAGAUAUACAAAGUUGUAUAUACUUCCAAUAAUAUAAAUAUUUAGAAAUGUGAUUUGUAUGUUCCCUUUUACAGAGAGUGAGUGUGUAAGUGAUGGCUAUGUGCUAAGUUGUUUUGAGUGAAUGGAAAAGUCAGCCGUUGCUUUCUCUCACAGGCUAUGAACCAGCGUUUCCCAAACUCCGUCCCCGGCACCCCAAAGGGAGCACGUUUUUUUGUUUUGUUUUUGCCCUAGCACGACACAGCUGAUUUAAAAUCAACUAAUCAUCCAGCAUUAAUUAUUUGAAUCAGCUGUGUAGUGCUACAGCAAAAAAAACGAACCGCUGUUGUAAGCCGUUUAAAUGUGCCGAGUUGCUAUUUUACCUUCAUUCCCCGGUGUUGUCAGAUGAGUUAUCAUACUAUUGUUGGUUUUUUACAUGCAACGGGUGAACCAUUAAGGAAACUGAAGUUCAUAAAUCAUCCCUUUUUAACUCUUGUUUAAUGUUCAAGUAAUGCACUUGUUUAGAGCACUUUGUUUAUCUGUCAUUUACUAAAAUGUGUUUCUGUCAAAGGUUUAGAGUUAGACUCCACUUUCCCACUGUAUCUCCAAGUUUUAAUUUUGUUAGAUUUGAGAAUUACAUCAUUUAUAACAGUGCACUUGUCUAUGAAUUGUUUACAUUUAGAAAAUGAGAAUAUUUACGAGGAAACCACAAUCUGCUUUAUCUUAACAGUUUGUUUCUUGCUGCAUAACCUACCGCAUAAAGAUUGACAUGUGACUGAC